AUGUAUCACUUGCUCAAUAAUUUGAAAAGCAAGUAUGGAAACCAUGGAGAAGAGCUACAAAUGAAUUUCAUUGCAGCAACAAAAGCAUACACAAAAACAGAAUGUGAACACUACAUGAGAAGCCUUGAUAGACUUGACAGACGCAUUAGACCCUAUUUAGAGAAAGCCAAAUAUGAAACUUGGGCAAGAUCAUACUCACCAACAAAAAGAUACACCAUGAUGACAUCCAACAUCGCAGAAUCGCUCAACGCUGCACUAAAAGCUGCAAGAAAUCUCCCUAUUGAUAUCUUGGUUGAAUGUCUUAGAAGUUUGGUUCAAAAGUGGGUUUGGAACAAUUCAAAUAAUGCAAAUGGAACAUUCACAAAAGUGUCUACAGCAACAGAAAAUGAAUUGAGACAUGACAUUGUUUCAAAAAUGAAGUUUCAAGAAGAUGAAAUGCCUUGUGGGCAUGCAGUAGCUGUAAUUGCAAAGAGAAACUUGGGAGUAUAUGAUUACUGUGCAAAGUUUUACAAAUCAGAAACUUUGAAAGCAAUGUAUGAAGAAAAUGUUCAUCCUUUGCCACAUAAAGAUGAAUGGAAUCUCCCACAACACUUAGACAUAGUGGUGCUACCUCCAAAGGCAACAAUCCCUGCAGGAAGACCAAGAAAGAAAAGAAUAAGAUCAAGAGGAGAACCAAAAGUGAUAAUCACCUGUGGUAAAUGUGGCCAACCAGGACAUAACAGGAAGACUUGCAGGAAUCCACCAAUUGACAAGGCAAACAAGCAGAAAAAACAAAAGUCAUAG